AGCUGAUGAGGAGCCACAACUACCUCUAUUUUGACAGGGCUACACCUUUUGAGGGGGCCAGUCGGUGGUGUGUGUUGUGUGACUACCCCUACUAAAGCUGAAACGAGUCUGUCUGUGUAGUGACCCCGUGCUACCCGAUCCUUGAUAUUCAACCUAAACUACUAUCUUGGUUUCUCCUUCUGGGCGAGUCCUGGCCGUGAGUGCUUCUCGGUCAUAGAGGUCGACCAUCACCGCAUGCAUGCCUCCGGCGUGAUACAAACUGAAAUCCUUGUGCGCCCACCCACCUAGUGAGUGGACCCUUUCUUUUUCCCUCUCGUCUCCCUUUCGAAUCGGGUGAAAAACAAGUCGAGGCCGAUGAACGGCCUGAAAUCCAACGAAGUCACCGACCUGAACCAGUAUGUCGACAAGCAGAACGUCUACAUUGGGGAAACGACUCUUCUCCACCAUUAUCUGAUCCGGGAAAUGGAACACCAGAUGAUCAAUCUGACGAUACUGCUGGUAUGAAUCCCGUCGAUGAUAUGGAACGAAGCUUUUCCUUUUCCACCGUCAUCGAACACGACCACGCCACAAUCAACAAAUACGCAGUCCUCCUCCAAAAGGCACGCACCCGCGACGCUCAAAUUCGUUUGUUGGGCGAAGUCACAUGGCGCUUGGUGCGGCAUGACAUCUCGGAAGAACUGGUGAUGCGUCCGGCGUUCAUUGAGCACUUGGGGCCCCAUGAAGGUCAAAGUAUGGCCGAACAUGAUCGGUUGGACCAUGAGCGAGCGAAAGAGAAGUUGUUGGCUUUGUUUGAGAGGGUAAGGGUAAGAACUGCUUCUGCUUCGUCGGAUAAGCGGGAGGAGACCUUGUCAUCGGCCUCACGAGGUGAUGGUCGCGAAGUCGAAGGUCUGGGUUUGAAAACCAAAUCCGACUUCAACUUCAAUUUCUCUACGACGAUAGAUGCCCUUUUCGCCGAGUUGCUGCAACACAUGAUAAUCGAGUCGGGCGAACAGAUCCCGGUGCUGGAACGAAUGCUCGACCCGUGCGAGAGCCAGCGACUGGGUCGGGAGUAUAUGAGGACGCAGGUGCUGACUCCCGACUUAGAGCUUAUAGACCAAAGCGAAGGAAAUGGGAAUGAUGCAGGAGGGACAAGUACGACGUCAACCACAAAAACAACAAAACAGACCAAAGCGCGACGGGUAUGGCGCGAUAUUGAGGAUUAUGUGCGCACCGACCGGACGCGGUUCGGGGAGAUAUAUACUCGGAUCAAAAAUGGUGCCAGUGAGGUACAGGUAUUGGUCCAUGGAGGCGGCGGGGGUUCUGGACAACUUGAAACUGAGCAUGCGGCGGGCAAAGAUAAGACAGUGAAGUUGUGAUUGGAAGGUACAUUCUUCUCACCAUUUUAAAGCGUUAAAUUAGGGGUUUAUCACUACUUCAGUCCUCCUCUUCCCAAUCUGGAAUCAACUGAUUACUCGGAGCGCUAUCUUCAUCCAAAACCUUCCUGGCCGCCUGCCUUCCGCACACGGGUAGUCUCUCGACCUCGUCUUCUCUACCCUCUUCGGCUGUCUUGAAUGUCCUGGGGAUAUACUUUGGGUCGAGGAGACCAAUCUGGACCAAAACGGAAGCCUGGUCCCAAUGGACAUGCUCAUGAUACAGUUUCCCGCCGCGAAAGGCGACGACACUAACAAUAACAACCUCGACCUUUUUAUCGGUGGGCGGCACGCCAGGUAACAUCCAGGGAACUUCGGUGGUAUGUGUGAACUUGACGUACAUUUCGUCGACGAUGCGGUCAACCCCAAUAGUGCGGCUGAGCAAGCGGAUAUUCAAAUCGCUCGGGUGUCCCGGACAGAAGAAGUCGCGAUAAAACCGACGCAGCUCGUGUCGUCCAAUACCACCCGUCAUGGUCGGCACAUGAUUGACGUAGGGAUGGCGCGCCAUCGUGUUCAUGGUCCGAUCGGCGUCCUUGUCGCCAAACUCUAGCCGUAAAUGCUUCUCCCAGGCCGCUUCAAUGUCGAACGGUUCGACGUCAAAUGCCGUCCGGAGGACGGACAGAGUGCGUGACCAGGCUAGCGACGCGCCGAUCUUGUCGUACUCGUCGAGAUCGUGCUCUGCGAACCCGGGUUGAGUGCCUGGGUAGCGGUACGAUGGGUGUCGCGUGCCGAACUUCUGGGUGCCCGCCAGGUGGAUCAGUACGUUCAGCGUCGGUGGGAAAUUCGUCGUUGACUUGGGCAUGUAUGGUGGAUAGUAGGCCACCACAGCAAUCAGCUUCGGCAUCGGUUUCAUGCAUGCUUCGAGAACUAGGGCUGCGGCGUCACCGUAGGCUGCGAGGUUUGGUUAGAUGGAGUUGGUUACCGGAUGUUGACGUAUACAGCAUGCGUUUUCGAAGUGACCACAGAUUGAUGAUGGCAGUGGUGCGGGUGACCUUGCUGGGGAAUUGUUGGAACAAGGCAACGGUUUGCUACCUUCUUCGACCGCCCGUAGAUGGCCAUGACAUUGGUCGUCACAACAAACACAGUGACCUUGCACCGUCCGCCAGAGGUGGGAGUUUCAUCAUGUCCACAAGAACUCGUGGUCGCUUUAACGGAUAUACAGACAUGCAUACUUACUUACCUACAAUUGCGUACCUCUCGCCCAAUUCAAGUGGAUCCUGC